AGAAAGGUGGUAAAUACAACAAAGUGUGCYCCUGAAACACGGGUCAAUUUAUUAAGUCUGUAAUUCACCUGUUGAUUUAUACAAGUGAGAAACGAUGUGGCUGCAUGUUUCUGAUGGCUGUUAUGGCGAUCAGAAAUACAGUAUGUGUGUGCCAGGCAUAAGAAGCAUAUAAAACUGUUGGUACUGGUGGAGCAUGCAGUGGUCUUCACCUGUGGACCUCUGUGCAAAUCAGAACUGCUCRAAACAACAGAGUCCAACAGUGAUGAGGUGCAACAAUCUCCUUUCCUGGAUGUUUGUGCUUGUGGCCUCUGGACCACUGUUUGCCCACCCCAUCACAGAAUCUGCUGAGAUGGCCUACCCAGGACCUGUAUCCGUGGAGGACCAACGAAUCGGAUCGCUGCAUGAUUUUUCUCUGUCGGAGCAAACCUUCCCUCCACAGGAUGGAGCCGGUUUCAGAUAUUCCACUUUUCUAUCUAAUAGAGACAGUGCUGGAACAACAGGUCUGCUGCCGAGGGGCAUCAAACGAGAGGUCAUAUUGGAGAAGCAAAGUCUCUUAAAACCGUACAGUCUGGGCUUCCGAAAACAGUUCAGGAAGAGAGAUGGAAACUCUGAGUGUUUCUGGAAGUACUGUGUGUAAAAUAAAGUAUUGCUGACUUACUCAAUGCACAAGCUUGUACUAAAAUGUCUUGAACUAACACACACACACACACACACACACACACACACACACACACACACACACACACACACACAC